GGGUGUUUUUGUUUUACCCAUCAGUUUCUUUGUGCCUUGCUGUGCUGGAGUGCGCUGUGAAGUGGCAAUAGUCGGAGGGAAUAACACUGUGAGAGGGGUUGGGAGUCACGGUGAGUGAGUGAGUUGUUGUGAGUUACUGGCAUUGUGCCGGAAUGGCCUACUGGGUAGAAUAUUGCGCCACGUGGAAUCAGCUAGUCUUUGUCCGUCUGUCCGUCUGUCUGCCCGCCUUAUAAUUUUGUCUAUGGUGGAGUAUAGUAUCGGUAUAUGUUAGAACAAUUAUCAUGGAUCUGCCCUUAGCUCAGCUCGGACAGACACGGGAGGGGAGCGAACCACACGGUUGGAUUUGUGGGCUGCUCGGGAGUGCGGAUUGGAGGGGUGAGGUGAUCCGUGACUCGCCUUUACCCUAAGGACUACUGUGCUCCUUAGAAAGGAGGGAUUCUGUGCUGUGCUGCGCGAGCAGGGGAAAGAUGUGAGUGGGGGGGCCGGUUCGAUUAAAGUUAUCAUAUUCUUCCCCGUCAUUGGCACCGAGCGGUUUAUUAUUUGAAACGGCGGGCUUGAGGGAAUGAAGGGAAGAAGGAGGCUUAACUUAUGUAUGACAAUAUUAUCAUAACCCCAUGGGCUGCAUUUUUCCCCCAGGUGAAGAUACGAAGGUUUCGAGUGAUGGGUUGUGCAUGAGCACGUGAUCUCGAAAUUAUGCUCUAUGUCCGCCUUAACAUCGACAAUCCCCUAGUCUAUGUGCUAUCCGCACAAUUCACCACCACCACCUCAACAACAAACACACACCAAAAACAAAUGCCAACCGCAAAAACCCACCCUCGACGCACGGGUCCUACUUCCGCGAUGCGCGCGAUGGAGCCACACAUAUACACCGCAAUCCUGGCAAGCACCUUCAUCACCGCCUUUCCAAACCUGGUUUCUGACCCGGCGAGCACACUCCUGUGGACGCUCCCGGGACUAGCACUUUUGCAAGCAAUCUAUCAAGUCCGCUGCCUCCGCGUGCUGAAACCUGCUUCCCCGUCGGGGACGGGGAGGAAGGAGGGUAUGGGCGUCAGCAGCAAGAUAAUUUCAUCGUUCCUAACAACCCUCUUCGCAACAACGAUCGGCACGGCAGCGCUCUACGUACUGCUCGUGCUCUUCGGUGCCCCUGUGACGACGCAUGUACUCCCCACACUGCUGUGCGCGAUGCAUGCGUCGUUGCUGGCGGUUGCACCGUUGGUGUAUAAGUAUCGCCUCGAGGGCAGGAUCUGGAGAGAGAUUCUGGGAGGGAGGGCCGUUAUCGAGGAGUGCUUCGCUGGUGCUGUCGGCAUGUUGGUGGGUGCGUGGGUUGGGGCCGUGCCAAUUCCUUUGGGUACGGAUCGUGAAUGGCAGAAGUGGCCGGUUACUAUUGUCACCGGGGCGUAUAUCGGAUACACGGUUGGGAAAAGCUUGGGCUGGGCGUACUCCGGGAAGCGUUUGCCUUUGUAGCUUUUUCUUUUUCUUUCUUUCUUUAUUCUUUCACACUGGUAGGUCACGAGCAAGCAAGCUUAAUUCUGUUUAAAACUGCAAGAAAAAAAAUUGUCAGUUGAGCAGGCAAGGAAAGCAAUGAAGGUGGCUUUUUCCCCCCAUUUAAAAAUUAUAAUUUCUGUACCAAAAUAAUGUAUUACUAGCUAUCAUAUCACCGAUAGGAUUGACUUCUGGGGAAA